CUUGCAGAACGUAUUGUUUAUGUACGACAUGCAUGUAGACUUUUCAUAAAUAUAUAAUAUAUAAAAAUAUAUUCUAUGGAUUGGUCUUAGUAUUAUAAAUAUGAUGCUCAUAAUAACAAUAAUGAUGACGAUACUCAGGCUAUCAACUUCAUCUGAGUGGUCUGAAAGAGAUCCUGUAAUGGAGGAUCCUACAGACACCAUUAUAGCAAUAGGUUUUGAAGGAAUGAAAGCACCUGAGUUCGUGAGACUGUUCGCCAAUUUUGGACAGAUAAAGGUUCAAGAUGACGGCAACCAGAUGGUGCGAUUCAAUACGGCAAGGCAGGAAGGAAUUGUCACAUAUGAAUCAUUGGAUGCUGGCAAAAAAGCACAGGACACUUGGAACGGCAAAGUAAUUAAUGGAAAAACAAUUCAAGUACUGGCUGCAUCUAAACGCUUCAGGAAUUAUCCAGAACGUGGUCAAUGCGGUCAUACAGAGUACAACGCGGCUUGGGAACACUGGUUUCAAGCAGAGGACGGAUAUCAAGACAAUUGCAUGGGACAACCUAGUGGACCAGGAAGUGGCGGAAGGGGUGGUAGAGGUGGUCGCGGUGGUGCCGGCGCGCGUUCGGGGGGUGGUGGUUAUAUUGAUGGAGAAGACGGGGAAGAUGGUUCAUUUGGGCGUGGCGGAAGAGGCGGUCGUGGUGGAGGUUAUGGUGGUGGUGGCGGUUGUAGCGGAGGUGGCGGUAAAGGAGGUGGUGGCGCUGGUGGCAAGGGGGGUGGCAGUGGCGGCUAUAUGGACGGAGAAGACGGGGAAUAUGGUUCAUUUGGACGUGGCAGAAGUGGCGGUCGUGGAGGGGGUUAUGGUGGUGGAGGUGGUGGUGGAGGUGCGGGGGAUCGGGGGGUCAAGGCGGUGGUGGUAGCGGCGGAUACUAUUACGGAGGCGGAUACGGCGCUGGUCAAGGCGGAAAAGGUGGAAAAGGUUUUUUUGGUUUCUUCGCAGGACAAGACGGCGAGAACGGCGAACCUGGGCCUAAUGGAAGGGGCGGAAGGGGAGGCAAAGGGGCUUUAUAAUGUGUGA